GUAGCGAAUGUUCUCUGUGGCAGCGCAAGAUGAUAAGGAUUUCGAGUGUGAACCGGUAUCUUACGCUAUGAUACUAUCGGAAAAACAUGCGGCGAUGUUGUGGUGGGCUUCCAACUGGUUGAUGUUUCGCAGCUGAUUACUGACAGGUAGCACAUGCUUACAGUGACUCAUGAGUGCAGGAUAUAGUAGUGUAAAGGGCUUCGAGUUGUUAUUGGCUGUCUCUGUUUAUUAAUUACAGUAAUCUCGGCGUUUGGAAGCUUGUUUUAUAUUUCAAGGAACCAAAAUAAUUCAGGUGAACAGUCUAAAUAUUUACAAGGAGAAGCCAAUAGAAAAGCAGCAAACAUUUUAGUCAAGAAGACCCUGAUUGAAACUAGUGGAAGCUUUAAAAACAUAAGGAUAUCACUUCUGCAACAGAUCAGAAAAGGAAAUGCCAAAGACUCCUGCGUGACUGUGCGUGUAUACUAUGGCUCACAAUCAAAGGUCAGAACUGACAUCUGAGAAAUUAAGACAUCAGUAUGAGGGCCAGUUGAAUAAGUAUACAAAUGUUGUUAAAGGAUGGCAGUAUCGAUGGUUUGUUUUGAAUCCAGAAAGUGGCACACUGAAUUAUUAUUUGAAUGAAACUGAAAAAAGACAGAGACCAAGGGGCUCAGUUCACCUCGCUGCAGCUGUUAUAUCACCAAGUGAUGAAGACAGUAACACUUUCACUGUCAAUUCAGCUAGUGGUGAAAUGUUCAAGCUGAGGGCAGCAGAUGCAAGAUCACGGCAAGAAUGGGUUAAUAGGAUACGUGCUGUAGCUGAAAUGCAUACAAUGGCUAUAGCUCAGAGUAAUCCACCAUUACCACCACGGGAGCACAUUUCCCUUGUACAUGCUCCAGCACCUGUUUCUCAAGUGCAGUACUCUCUAGAGCUGCUUGAUGCAUUUGCUACAGUGCGUGAUCACAUACAUCGUGCUGAACAGUCUUGUCAGCUUAUGAGCCAGGAAAUUGAGGAGCUACCAGCUUCAGGGGCCCUGAGACACAAUGAUGAAAUGUUAUUACUCCUGAAAGCGACAAGUGUAGCAACAGUGAACUGCUUACGUCAGUGCCUUUCAAUUCUGGAGCAGCAGCAGGCUGCUGCUUCCAUUGCAGCCAAUAACUCAAAGAGGCAUCCACCUCCAAAUCGACCAAACAAUUCUCAUUUUGUGUCGUAUGCAGAAAUCAGCACAAACAAAAUAACAGUGCCAGGUGCAAAUAGUGGUGCCUUAACAUCAGUCUCUACAACUUCAUUGGAAAGCAAUACCAGCAGGUCUGGUACAAGUGCUUCAUCUCUGCCAGACUGUGUACCAUAUAGACAGACGGGCUUCAUAUCAUACCUGGAAGCACCAGAUGAGAAGGAAGGUGUACCUGAAACACAACCAUGGCCCACAAAUUUAUCAUCACCACCACCAUCACCACCACCAUCACCAACAUCUGUCGAUGCUUCAUUAGAUGAUUAUAAUCCAGAUGAUGAAGUUACUGAUAAUGAAGAUCUAAGUGAUGGUGAUCAAGAUGACACUGAAGAACACAAAUCUGUUAUUUUGCAUUUGUUGUCGCAGCUGAAACUCGGAAUGGACCUAACACGAGUAGUUCUCCCCACUUUCAUCUUAGAACGGCGUUCCCUUCUUGAAAUGUUUGCUGACUGCAUGGGGCACACAGCUGAAUUUGUAAGGAUUCCUGAUGCAGAUACUCCAGAAGCAAGAAUGCUUGCUGUUUUGGAGUGGUACUUAACUUCAUUUCAUAUGGGCCGUAGAAGCCCUGUUGCAAAGAAGCCGUAUAAUCCAAUUAUUGGUGAAAUAUUCAGAUGCUCAUGGCGGCUUGUGCUCCCAGUAGAUGAAAAACAGACAACAGACAACUCAUGCAAUGAAAUAACAGUUACAUAUAUAGCAGAGCAAGUGUCACAUCAUCCUCCUGUCACUGCAUUCUAUGUUGAAUGCCCAUCUAAAAACAUAUGCCUAAAUGCAUCUAUAUGGACCAAAUCCAACUUCUCAGGCAUGUCGAUAGGAGCAAAUAUGAUUGGAGAGAUAAAUCUUUACCUAGGUGUGCAUAAGGAAAAAUAUACAUUUUCACUGCCAGCUGUAUAUGCACGGUCUAUACUCUCUGUACCUUGGGUUGAACUGGGUGGCAAAGUAACUCUAACUUCCAGCUCUGGCUUCUCAGCCAACAUCAUUUUCCAUACAAAGGAAGACGAGAAUCCAUUAUCACUUAUCUCUCAGAUGACAGACACCCAGGCAAUUCAUGAAAACAGCGAGUUGCUUCAGCCUUUUUAUGGUGGAAAAGUAAAUGUUGUAACAUCAGAUGUAAAGAAUGAAACUGGAACUAUUAUAUGCAAGAUACAGGGAGAAUGGAACAGCCAUUUUGAAUUUACUUAUCCUAAUGCCGCAACCAAAAUAAUUGAAGUGAACAGCUUAGACAUAUAUAAGAAGAGGGUACGACCAAUAGAAAAGCAGGCAACAUUUGAGUCAAGAAGAAUGUGGUUGAAAGUAACAGAAGCUUUAAAAAAUAAGGAUAUCAUUGCUGCAACAGCUCACAAGAGACAGUUAGAGGAACGGCAGCGAGAAGGAGAACGGAGGCGGAGUGAACAGGGAGAGUCUUUUCCUACUUCUUUCUUCCACCAGAUCAACCAGUCUUGGGUGUAUAACAAUACCCUGUGUAAACUGUGAAAGUACUGCCAAAAAUUUCAUGGUGCAAACAGCUGUGUGUGGAACUUAAGACUGAAUGCUAUAACUACACAACUUGAAACAACGAACCUAAUGUAACAUAUCACUUGGAACAUACGUCAUUGUUGGUUUCAAGCGAAAUCAAUGGAGAAGAACUGCAGUAUAACUAUAAGAAAGAGUUUUCCCUGUGUUGGCUAUAAAAUUUAUAACAUCUUAAUUCUGUUAAUAGUUUUGGAAUUGCUAACAAAUCAAUAAUUUAAUUAUUCAUUACUACAGUGACAUAAGUAUUGCAUUCUACACUGUACUUAUUUUAACUGGUACUAAUACAGAUGGUGUGUCUGUGUGUGUGUGUGUGUGUGUGUGUGUGUGUGUGUGUGUGUGUGUGUGUGUGUGUGUGUGUUUCAUCAGUGAUAAAAAAAAAGAAGAGAUUUUGAAAGUGUAGACUGUGUAGACUGUUGCUAAGGCCAUCCUAUUUCUCCAAGACAUUUUAUCCACAGUGGAACAUAUAUGUAUAUAGAUCUGGAUUUUUCUCAUUAGAUAUCUAUUUUUUCUGCAUGGACACUGCAUUUGAAGGAUUGUUGUGCACUAAAGUUCAGUGAGUUUUGGGUUCUAUUUUGCACUGAAAAUUGUACAAUCUUCUCAGGAGUUAAAUUAUAAGUGUACUUCAUGUCAUGAAAUAGAGCUGCUUGAAUUUCUUUAAGUUGUAACUACAAUCAGUGAUGUCUGGCCAGAUCUCCAGUAAUUUUCAUGAUGCAAACAAACAUGUUAUUUUUACAGUGACUGAGUUAUGUUUUUAAGUUAUCGGUUCAUACAUUUUGAAAAAUGUAUUUGUAUUUGUCUUGCCAAUAACAUUGUCUGUCUGCAUAUAUUUGGCACCAUGCCAUCAUGGUUAUGGCUGUGGCUGUGAUUAUUGAAGAUAAUGUACAUCAGAUAUCAUGAUGAUUAGGGAUUAAGUGUGUAACAUAGUAUAUUUAAGAUUGUAAUGAGUACAUUAUUUGUACUGUAUCAUGUACAUGUCAGCCUUGCUUUUUAAUUUUUUUUUAGUACAGGUUUGAAUAGCCAACCCUCACAUGCACCACCACCACCAUACAUCUUCCCUUGCCAAAUAAUGAUGUUAGAGCAGAAUUCCCAUGCUGACAGUUUGUAAAAUCAUUUAUUUGGAAAAAAAAUGUGAGAGCAAUAAGAAUACUGUGGUUUUGAGUCACAGUUUUCAAUCACAGUUUAUAUUUUCAUUCAGUAUCAUGCUGCUUGUUUUCUCCUGUACAAUAUUACAUUCAUUGAGGCGAUUCAUUUCUGCUGCAGUUUCCAUGUGCAGCUGUACUGAUUGAUAUGAAAACAGAAAAUUUUAUCCCUACAACAGGGGAAAAUAAGAUCACAUAUUUCACAGAGUUUGCCCUAAAUGUUUUGCUGUUCGCACAUUUUGGUACAAAUGUCCUUUUCUGCGUGAUCUGUGAUAUAUUUCCACUGUAAUACUGGCCAAAUCAAUUAAUUGUACAGUUUACAAAUUUUGCUUUUGUUUUAUGUUUUUAUAAAUUCUGAUUGAUUAUUGAAAGAUUUUAUCUUGUAAUUGAAAGGUACUUACUGCUCUUUAAUUUUCAUCAUGUGUGGUUAAAGGUAUUAUUAUGAUAUUUUUUAUUACUGCUGUAAUUAUUAUGUAGUUUUACAUACUAAUUUAGUGUAUUUUAAAACAGUAAUAACUUUUUGAAGUUAUGCCACUGUCCUUCUUCCGAAAUCAUCCAAAACAUUUGGUUAAUUACUAAAAAGUAGUACCAGCCGGACAAUGCAGGCUGCUUUUUGAUAUCUUAGUAUGUUGAAAGCAGAAUCUUGACUGCUUUUUGAUAUCUCAAUAUGGUGAAAGCAGAAGUCUUAUGCUGCACGUGUGUGUGUGGAGUAGCAGGGGGCGUACGUACACACAUACACACACCUGCAUAAGGUAGAAAUGUAUUACAAGUGUUUUGUGUUGUUGUGACAGAGGCAUUAUAUUUCUUUUCAUUGAGAGCUAGAUGAUGUCAUGUGCUGUAGUGAAUGUGAUGAACAUAAUUAUGGUGCUUGGACUGGUCCUGUUACAGAAUUUCUGUCGAUUUUGAUGUGACAUAGUAAGUUGUUUAUGUUCUCAGUACUUAUUAUAAGUUCUGGGUAUCCUAACUGUUUCAGCAAUGAGAUGUAGCUGUUACACCUCCAGUGGGAUAUGAUACUUUGGUAAAAAUUUAAGAAGCUUUAAUAAUGUUGACACUAGUUUUUUCUUUCCUUUUGUUAAAGAUGCCUGUAUUAAAUUGAUACUUGUAUAUUGUUCUAAUCACCUUCCAUAAUGAAGUGAAUUGUUCAAAAUGACCUGCAUAAUUUGCAAGAUGAGAGGAAAAUGUGUUUAAAUAGAUGCAUUAUUUUCACAAUUCAUAGUGAAGCACAAACAAAAAUAAAGAAGUAAUAAAU